UUUGUUGUAGCGCUCCGUCGUUGUUGACUUGUCUCGUCGCAGGCUCCGCCAGAUUGAACCGAUCAGACUUUGAAUCGAUCGCAUUGAUUUCGAAACGAUACUCUUAAUCGGGAACUAGCUAUAUAACAGAUCGAAGUAUUGCUGACAUUAUAUAUUCCCCAAAAACUGGCAAAAACGUGCGCUCUUACGUCGGUCGCGUGAGUGUGUGUGUGUGGUGAGUUCUCCUCUCCCGUUGGCCCCCUUUACACCCCCUCGCCCACGUUCGCUCAGCGCGCAAAAGUAAAUUUUAGUGCAAAUAAAUUGCUUUGCUUAUCUCGAAGCGCGCGCUCGCACGAUGAACGCCAGUGUGUGUGCGUGUGUGGGGAGUGAGUGUGCGAGUGUUGUUAAUUAAUUUACAAAAGUCGCUCCUGUUUGGCGAACACCAGAAAACAACAACAAAAAUAGCAAAGAGGAGUGCGAAAACGAACGAAAAACAACAACGGACGAGAGCCAACGGUAGUUGCAUGUGGGCCACAUCGCCCACCCAACCCCCCACCCCAAUCCUUGCAGGCGGAAAACGAAAGUUCUUUUACAUGUAACACAACAACAACACUCCCAGAGAGAAGAGAGCAAAGAGCCCCACGCAGAGCGUGAGAGAAGGAGAGAGCGCCAGUGCCAGAGAGUGCCACUUGGCCUUGAACUUGCGACUUUACACAACAAAUCUCAGGUGGAAGCGGCAGCGGCAGCGUCAACGUCGAUGUCAGUUCCCAUAAACUGCAUACAAUAAACCAAUGUACAAAUCCAUAAUAUAGCGAAUCUACGCGGGUUUUCUAGAACUAUACACAAAUAUCCACAGGAUGGCCGUAGAUCCGUAGAGCACGGGCCAUAGAUCUACUUUUGGAGAGAAAACUGCAGGGUCAGUUGGCUCCCGAAUUAGCGCAAACUUUUGUACCUGUUGUGUCGGCAAACUGCUGAAGGCAAGCUCCCGAAGUUACCUGAGGAAACAAUUAUAUAAAAUUAUAUACACACCUAUAUAUGUAUACACAAAAAGAGAAUUUGCCGUUUUGACAAGCCGUCCACUUAUACAACAAAAAGAAGGCAUAAUAUAUAGAUACUAUAUAUAUAUAUAUAUAAAUAUGCCCCACGUCUGCCACACCAGGAAGAGCCACAGCAAUCCGCAGGGCAGCGACUAACUGAGUUUUCCCCAUCAGCUGCCGGAAAAUCCAAGCAGCAAAUCAGCGACCAAGCGAGCAGGAACAUCAGCCAAGGACAUUGUCAUCUCAGUUACAAUCGCAGGAGGAUAGGAAAACUGUUGCCAUGGGUCGCAAGAAAAUUCAAAUAUCACGCAUCACCGACGAACGCAAUCGGCAGGUGACCUUCAACAAGCGCAAGUUCGGCGUGAUGAAGAAGGCCUACGAGCUGUCGGUGCUCUGCGACUGCGAGAUCGCCCUCAUCAUCUUCUCGUCGAGCAACAAGCUGUACCAGUAUGCCAGCACCGACAUGGAUCGCGUUCUGCUCAAGUACACCGAGUACAACGAGCCCCACGAGUCCCUCACCAACAAGAACAUCAUCGAGAAAGAGAACAAGAACGGCGUGAUGUCGCCGGACUCGCCGGAAGCCGAAACGGACUACACACUCACGCCGCGCACGGAGGCCAAGUACAACAAGAUCGACGAGGAGUUCCAGAACAUGAUGCAGCGCAACCAGAUGGCCAUCGGCGGAGCGGGAGCGCCGCGUCAGCUGCCCAACAGCAGCUACACGCUGCCCGUUUCCGUGCCGGUGCCUGGCUCCUACGGCGACAACCUGCUGCAGGCCAGCCCCCAGAUGUCGCACACCAACAUCAGCCCACGUCCAUCGAGUUCGGAGACGGAUUCAGGUGGGAUGUCCCUGAUAAUCUAUCCAUCGGGUUCCAUGCUGGAGAUGUCGAACGGCUAUCCGCAUUCACACUCGCCGCUUGUGGGAUCACCGAGUCCGGGUCCCAGUCCUGGCAUAGCCCAUCACUUGUCCAUCAAGCAGCAGUCGCCGGGCAGCCAGAAUGGACGAGCUUCCAACUUGAGGGUCGUAAUACCGCCCACCAUCGCCCCCAUACCGCCCAACAUGUCCGCGCCCGACGACGUGCCCUAUUCAGAUCAACGACAGAGUCAGACGUCGCUGAACACGCCAGUGGUCACGCUGCAGACGCCGAUUCCCGCCCUCACGAGCUACUCCUUCGGGGCGCAGGACUUCUCCACCUCCGGCGUGAUGGGCAGCGCGGAUAUCAUGAGCCUCAACACCUGGCAUCAGGGCCUGGUGCCGCACUCUAGUCUCUCGCACCUGGCUGUCUCGAAUAGCACGCCGCCGCCCGCCACCUCACCCGUCUCCAUUAAAGUCAAGGCCGAGCCGCAGUCGCCGCCACGUGACCUGUCCGCCAGUGGCCAUCAGCAGAACAGCAAUGGGUCGACGGGUAGCGGCGGAUCGAGCAGCAGCACUAGCAGCAAUGCCAGCGGAGGAGGAGGUGGAGGAGGAGGAGGAGGAGGUGGUGGCUCGGGAGCCGUGAGUGCAGCCAACGUCAUUACGCACUUGAACAACGUCAGCGUGCUGGCAGGAGGUCCUUCGGGCCCAGGAGGUGGAGGGGGCGGCGGCGGCGGCAGCAACGGGAGCAUGGAGCAGGCCACCAAUUUGAGCGUGCUGAGCCACGCGCAGCAGCACCACCUGGUCAUGCCCAGCUCGAGGCCCUCGUCCACGGGCCACAUUACACCCACUCCAGGGCAUGAUAAGUAUGAAGGAUAUCCGUACCGCGCGCUAAUGGGACAUAAUCCUAGAUGGAAUUUUGCCGACUUCAUUAUCCUUAAUGCAGGUGCGCCGAGCAGCGAUCAGGAUGUGCGUCUGGCCGCCGUUGCCGCGCAGCAGCAGCAGCAGCAGCAGCAUCAACAACAGCAGCAGCAGCAACACCAGCAGCAACAGCAGCAGCAGCAGCUCGGCGACUACGAUGCUCCCAACCACAAACGGCCGAGAAUAUCGGGCGGAUGGGGCACAUAGCCGGCACGAGCUGCCGGUAGCAGCCACUACAAGCAACAUCACAACCACCACCACACUAGCUGCAACACUAGCAACACCAUCAGCAGCAGCAACAGCAGCAACAGCAGCAGCAGCAGCAAAAAGCCAGCGGAGUGCGAUGACCUGGCGAUGAUGCCACCACCGCCGCGCAAGGACAUGGCCCGCAGCUCCUACAGCCUGUUACAGUCCGGCGGCUACGACUGCUAUGGCCAGCAGCUGGCGGUGGCCUACGGAUCGCAGCAGCACCCGUAGGAUCCUCCGUUUCCGUUUCCGUUUAAGGACCAGUGCAAUAGUCGAGAGCGAGAGAGAAAAAGAGAGGAAGAGAGAAAGGAAGAAAGGAAACAGAAAGGAGGCAGUUUUGUUUUGUUUUCGGUUUAAGCAAACAGUGACAGUGUCAUAUCUUAUAGUUAUUGUAACUUAAAUGAAUUACAAUUACACACACACACACACACACA